GGAGAGCAGCUCUGAUUUCUUCGGAGAAGGGAGGCUGCAGCCAUCCUUGGAGGACAUGCUGGGACCGGAGACCCUGCAGGCUGGUGGGACAGCAGUGCCCCAGGAUGCGAAUGACCAGCCUUCCUGCUGCCACCUCUGACUCUCCCCGAGCAAGUGGACCUAAAGAAUACCUGAAGAGCCCAGGCUGAGGUCCCCUCAUGGAUGAGGCAAACAGGACAUCAUUUGUUGCUGAGGAGUCCUCGAACGCCUCAACCAGCGGGAACACCUCAGUAGCAGACCCGCGUCGGGAAAUUCCCAUCGUGCACUGGGUGAUCAUGAGCAUCUCCCCACUGGGCUUUGUUGAGAAUGGAAUUCUCCUCUGGUUCCUCUGCUUCCGGAUGAGAAGAAACCCCUUCACCGUCUACAUCACCCACUUGUCUAUUGCGGACAUCUCCUUACUCUUUUGCAUCUUUAUUCUGUCUGUCGACUAUGCUUUAGAUUACGAGCUCUCUUCCGGCUAUUACUACACAAUUGUCACAUUGUCGGUGACAUUUCUCUUUGGCUACAACACGGGUCUGUAUCUGCUGACAGCCAUCAGUGUGGAGAGGUGCCUGUCCGUCCUGUACCCCAUCUGGUACCGCUGCCAUCGCCCCAAGCACCAGUCAGCAUUCGUCUGUGCCCUCCUGUGGGCACUUUCCUGCUUAGUGACCACCAUGGAAUACGUCAUGUGCAUUGACAGUGAAGGACAGACUCACUCCCGAAGUGACUGCAGGGCGGUGAUCAUCUUCAUAGCCAUUCUGAGCUUCCUGGUCUUCACUCCACUUAUGGUGGCAUCCAGCACCAUCUUGGUAGUGAAGAUUCGGAAGAAUGCAUGGGCGUCCCAUUCCUCGAAGCUGUACCUUGUCAUCUCGGUCACCAUCAUCAUAUUCUUCAUCUUCGCCAUGCCCAUGAGGCUCCUCUACCUGCUCUAUUAUGAGUAUUGGUCGACGUUCAGGAACUUGCACCACAUUUCUCUUCUCUUCUCUACAAUCAGUAGCAGCGCCAACCCUUUUAUUUACUUCUUCGUGGGCAGCAGCAGGAAGAAGCGGUUCAAGGAGUCUUUAAAAGUGGUUCUGACCAGAGCUUUCAAAGAUGAGAUGCAACCCAGGCGCCCGGAAGACCACACCACCACCACUGAAACUGAGACUGUCGUCUGACAGGUGGAGGAAAUUGUGGACAAAAACAGUAGGACGCAGAUGAGCUAUAGUUUGUGCUUGGGAUGCAACUGAAUAUCUCCUAAAUACGAUAUAGAAGGACACCUUACCCCAUAUGCAUGAGAUGCUAAUUAAUGCUGAGACUGUACUCUUGCGCUGUACCUUCUGGAAAUGCCUAAAUACGUGUUGGAACUCUAUCCUUUCUGUAGCUUUCAAAAAUCUCCUUCUGUUCCUCUUCAGCUCUCCUGGCAGCAUUUUCCCAUGAACUAUAAAAAUUACUCCAGCAGGAACGUUUACAUAUGUGUACAGGAAAGGGUACAAGUAUUUGAUGGACCUUGAGAAGGUGAAGCCAUAUAGUGGGAAGAACAUGGGUUUUGGAGGAGUCAGGCUGACUCUGUCCUUUGCUGCUGGUGUGACCUCAGGUUUAACCCCCAGGGACCUCAUUUCCUCAGUAUAAAAUGGUAACAGUAAUAGUCCAUACCUCCCGGGCUUGUGGUGAGGAUGAAACGAGAACAUGAGGUAUGCAAAGCAUCUGGCACACCUCAAUGUUAAGAAACCUCAGUCUUUCUGAUGCCUUUAAGUAGAAGAAGAAAUACACAUUUCUGUUCUGUAAAGCACAGACACACACAAACACAGACAUGCAUACACACACACACACACGUGUAUGCACAACUCUAUGGUGUACAAACAUUGUUACAUGUUUUUAAAUGUUGAAUGUUCUUUCUGUUUGCUACAUGAGAACUUUUCAUGCGACAACACUUCUACAGAAAACAUCUGCAGAUGUUAUAACCCCCCAACCAUCACGUGUUAGAGCAUCAUUUCCUGUUGUGAGGGAAAACGUUUGGCUACCAGUAGAGGAAUUUCUCACGGCUUCCCUUCCCUCUGUGGGAAUGCUUGAUGUAAAGAAAGUCUGUUUUGAAAUCUUUUGCUGGAUGUAAAUGUUUAUGAAUGAA